UUGCCGACAGACUCGCGCGAUUGUUUUCGGCAGGAUGGCCGCUCCUGUCAGUGACAGCAAUCAGAGACCGCUGCAGAAUGCCAUGAGACUUGUAAAAGUGGCCAUUCAGCUGGAUACCGGCAACAGACACAAGGAGGCGUACUGUGAAUAUUUGAGAAGUAUCAACUACAUCUCUCAUGCUCUGCUUGAAGAUGCCACAUCUAAACAGGAGGGAGAGAUGGAGUCGGUGGAAUUGGAGAAGAUGAUGAAACUAGUAGAGCAAUGUUUAGAGAGGGUUAAAUCAUGCAUCAUAAGGAAGCCCGAGUCCCCAACACCUGUCAUUUCCUCCACUCCUCUGUCCGCUUCCCAACAGACCACCUUUCCAGCUAUUAAUGCGACAAAUCAUCCCAAAAUGACAG